AUGGGAGGUGACUCGUCGGCAACGUGCGUCUACGACGCGGUGCGGACUAUUAUGAAGCUGCAAGGACACAAAUUUGAGCUGUGCGACACGCACAUUGAUGAGUUCAAGCGGCGCAAAAAGAUGGACCGCGUAGCGCAAGGUGGGCUUCGAUCGGAGCAGACAGGACCGGCGGGGAUCCUGGCUGUAGAAAAGAAGCCAGGAAUCUACCUGGUGGCGACGCUGGAUGACUUGUUCCGGGGCUCUUGUUUUGUCACUAUGGUCGGUACGAACAAGAUGGCCUUCGCCUACGAAGACGGGAUAGAGAUGGGUCUGGGCGUAUACAAGUACGCAAAAAAGAUUUGCUGGAACCGGGAGUGCUUCACAACGGACGGAAAUGGACAGUGGGAAGCGGAAAAAGCAGGUGAAGCCGAGUGGAAUGAACAUUCGGCGAUGAUGUGUACAGUACCAAUGGCGCGGAAGCCAGCGAAGCAGCGUCGUCGACAUACCAAAAGAAGACCCCAGCAAAGAAUACGGCAACAGCUUGAAGCGGCGGGUCGAGUAAGUAGGCGGAUUCACGAGUAG